AUCCCCACCACAUCCCAGCCAUGGCUCUGGUUCUGCAGCUGCUGCCGUUGCUGCUGUCUAGGGCCCAGGGGGACCCCGGGGCUUCACUGGACGGCCGCCCUGGAGACCGGGUGAAUUUCUCCUGCGUAGGGGUCUCGCAUCCCAUCCGCUGGGCCUGGGCGCCUAGCUUCCCGGCCUGCAAGGGCUUGUCCAAAGGACGCCGCCCCAUCCUGUGGGCCUCAUCGAGCGGGACCCCCACUGUGUCUCCAGUCCAGCCCUUUGCUGGUCGCCUACGUGCCCUGGACCCUAGUAUCCGGCGGCUGGAGCUGCUCCUGAGCACGGGGGACUCAGGCACCUUUUUCUGCAGGGGCCGCCACGAGAAAGAAAGCCGUACGGUGCUUCACGUGCUAGGGGACGGGGCUGAUUGCAGGGCACCGGGGACUACCCACGGGUCCGUGAAUCCCCAGUUCCUGAUCCCCUUGCUGGGCGCUGGGCUGGUGCUGGGACUCGGGGCGUUGGGCGUGGUCUGGUGGUGGCACAGACGAUCACCCCCGCACCCGCCUCGACCACUCCCCAGAUUUGAUCCACUCGUGAAAGUCGAGCCCCAGAGGCCAGUAAAGGAGGAGGAGCCUAAAAAUGCCCGUGACCUGGACCAGGAGGCGAGCCUGCUCUACGCCGACCUGGAUCAUCUGGCCCUCAGAAGGCCCCUCCGGUUGUCCCCAGUGGUCCCGGCUGAUGCCUCCACUAUCUAUGCGGUUGUGGUUUGAAGGGAAGCCCUUAUUCUAAACCUCACAAGCUGGAGGUUCCCAGCACUCCACAACUCCCCACCCCUUCUUGGCCCCUUACCUGGACAGGGAACGCACCACGGGAUAGAAAUGAGCACUAGCCUUAAGAGUCAGGAGCCCCGGGUUCUCUGCGACUGACCUUGCUCCUUCAGUUACCCCAACUUUCCUCGUAUAACUUUCAUGUCUUCUUCACCACCGGUGCCCUCUCUAAACCUGAUCAAGCCCUGCCUCCCUAUCUUAAGGGAUAAGAGUCCAGCUCUUUGAAUCAGGGGCCUACACCUUGUCUUCUCCUUCGCUCCACUCCUCCUGCUCAUCAUGUCUCCAUGAGGUUGCCAGUGAGGUCCUAAAGGCCACACCCAGUAGAGUUUUUAGCUUGGUCUUUGAUUACUUCUUUCUUUUAUGCUGGCGUCUUCCUUUUGGACUCUUCCUUGCUCCCUAUCCCCAUGGUAUUCCCCACCAUUCUAGACUCGUCCCUUAUCUAUCUGACUUCCCUCUCCUCUGGGAAUCUGUCAUCCACAGCCAGUCCUCAGCCCUCACCUCUGAAAACAACACCUAGAGCUCUCUCCAGCUCAGAUCUUGAGUAAUGGGAUUUCCCAUCUAUCCCUGGGACAUCCCUGCCUAGUUCGCUGUGGGCAUUCUGCGCCCAGCAUAUCCAAAACCCAACUCAGUGUCACUCACUCAAUCCUCCUCUGCAUUCUCUCUUGAUCAACCAGUUGCCUAAGCUAGAAACUGGGAGUCAUGCAGGCCUUCUGCUCGCUCCCACACAAUGAACCAAGUCCUGUCUUUCUAUUUUAAUGUCACUGUGAAAUCGAUACCCUUCUUCACGCCCAGGGCUGCCACCUGAAUAUACUCUCCUGAUUUCCUCCCUGGGUGACUCAUAGCCCCACCUCAUUCUCUUGCCCCUGCCCUCCUCCCUGAAGCCAGAGAGGUCCUCCCCAAAUGCGAACCUUCUCACAACCUGUAUUCCAGAGUUGCAGGAUUUCUUUCCAUAACUUUCAGCUCUGGACCCAUGGGCCUUGGCUUUGGGUACAAGGUGCUGGCAGCACUCUACCUACCUUGCAGGCUUGUCUCUGUCACUCCACAUGCGCACAGCAUGCCAACCCGGCAGAGGUUCUCCCCCCAGUUCUCUCCCAAAUAUGGCUUCACGCCACACAAGUCCUUCUUCCUGGACCUUUUUUCCUCCUCCCCACUACCUUCCUGGCGAAUUCUUCUUUAUCCCCAAGACUCAGUUGAAAUGUUGCCCUUUCUGGGAAGCCAUUCCUGACCCUCUCUGCCUACCCCUGCAUACAUUUUUGAUGCUGUAGGCAGUCUCCUUAUUUCUCUCUUAGCAACAACACCCUGUGAAUUUUUCCAUCACAACCUGUAUUUCAAUUUCAAUGUACUGUGAGUUCCCUGCUAUCAGAAGACUGACCCUUUCUAUAUUACUGCCAAGCCUCAGUAAAUGAGUGAAUGAAAAUGAACGCCCCUGAAAGCGUCACUUCUUCCUCUCUAUCAACUAGGGGUGGGUUGGUAAUCUACCAAUCUCUGAAUCAUCUGACAUUUGGAUAAAUUGAGUGAUCCACCUACUCUUUCUUCUCUACCUCGUAUAUGCUCCCCACAGUAGAAAUUCUAUCCUGUCCAUCUUGUGCCCAAACACCUAUGAUAGGGUUGGGCAGUGAGUCAGUAUCUAAUGAGGGUUUGAUGAAUGAAAGAC